UCAUACAUGACAUAGCAUCGUAGUAUAAUAUGGAUGACUGAUGACUAACAAUGUGGAGAGGGGUGACUCGCCUAAGCUCCCGAAUGGGGAUGGGUCCUUGGCGUUUUCGGGCGCCCGGGGCAAGCAAUGCCCAAGCUUCGGAAGCAAUCCUCAAAUCAGACCAUCUGCAAAUCCCUCUUUUCUAAACAACCUUCACAAACAAAAACGUCACCGAUUUCAACCCACCCACUCAACCUGCCACCUACCACCUCCUUGUUGACCUCCAAUUGUCGCCGCCAUGUUCUUGCAACGCUCCGUCAUAGCCGUGGCACGCCGUGCCGUUGUGUCUCCCGUUGCCAGACGAACCUUUGCAGUCUCCGCUAUCCGCCGGGAGGCGAAGGACGUCGAACCUCAUGCUAGCAUCAGCAAGAAGAUCAAGACCUUCAGCGAAAUCAGGACCGAGGAAGACCUAAUCGGACCCGGUGCCGCCCCCGGCACAGUCCCUACCGAUCUCGAGCAGUCCACGGGUCUGGAGCGAUUGGAAAUUCUUGGAAAGAUGGAGGGCGUAGAUAUCUUCGACAUGCGACCUCUCGAUGCUUCCCGGAAAGGAACUCUUGACAACCCCAUCAUGGUCAAGUCUGCUGGUGACGAGCAGUACGCUGGUUGCACUGGUGUCCCCGCCGACUCCCACGUCGUCACUUGGCUCGGCUUGUCCCGCGAGCGACCCGUCGAGCGAUGCCCCGAGUGCGGCAGUGUCUACAAGAUGGAAUAUAUCGGACCUGAAGACGAUGGCCACCACCACGGAGACCACCACGGUUACGAAGAGCCCAAGACCUUCGCUAACUACGUCAAGCCUGAGUACUGGUGAGCAUUUGUAGCGACGCAAAAUUUUGGGAUGGGGAGGUGGAGUUAUGACUGCAUAGGAGAGGGCGGCAGUCGUAGACUUGUGUAUAUUGCUGAAGGCUGUAUAGAAAUCCAUUAACUUUGCAGCAACUGCACGGAUUGUGCAUAUGUCGUAAUUCCUCAUUGAUUUAGCUCCUUGCUGCUGCCGAUUAGAGCUUGCAUGGCAUGACGUGGUCCGCAAUAGAAUUUGACUUGUUACUUGUCAUGUUUCGAACGUUUCGAACGUACCUAAUGGAACGUAUGACGUCGGGUAUAAAACCCAUAUGCUCCUACUUGGGUUAUGCCUGCUUUUCUAUCAUUCAUACCUUCAUGUUUACUUACCAUCUUACCACGUAGGUUAAUGUUUAAUGUUAUAUUUUGAUCGGGGGAAGCCAUAGGUAAGACCCUAGUACCAACCUACCUCGGUGCUUUUUUAUUAAUAUGAACGUCCAAGAUAUGGAUCACUCGGAUUGAAUACUGCGAAUGGGAAAUC